UGCGUGACUUCAGGGUGUCCAUUCGGAGGACGGAGGCGUCUGAUCGCUGCAGGCUGAAGGGGGACGGCGUCCUGCGAGCUGACAUGGAUGCUCUGCACCUGCUGGACAAGGGAGGGGACAUCGUGUACACCUGGCCGUACAGAUACCUGCGGCGCUUUGGGCGCGACAAGGCCACUUUCUCCUUCGAGGCGGGUCGGCGCUGCGACUCCGGCGAAGGGAACUUUGAGUUCGACACCAAACAGGGGAACGUCCUUUUCCAGGCCGUGGAAGCCGCCAUCAACCUGCAGAAGGUCGCCCCUCCCCACAGACAGACCUCCGGGGGGGGCCAGGCGAGUCCAGACACCACCCAGAGCUUCAGCUUGCCCCCCCCACCGCACAGCCUGCCGCUGGCCCAGAGCAGGACGCUGCCUCAGUCCCGCAGCCAGAUGCCCCCGGCCACUCAGGCAGCGGACGACGUGUACAGCAUGGUGAGCGAGCCGCCGAACCUCCAGAUGAUUCAUCACAUCGACAAAGAGAGCUGCAACGCCUCACAGCAACAGCAGCAGCGCCCCCAGAUGUGUCGUCUCGAGCCUCCGGUGGAUAAAACUCUGACCGGAGUGAAGAGUUUGAACCUGGACUCUCGCCUCCCCGCCCCUCGAAAGAAUCAGGUCAAGAUGAUCUCCAGCUGCCCCCUGCCCAACGCCAGCCCCGACUCCAGCCCUAAUCUGAACACCGGCCCCGCCCCCGGCUCGGUCCCCAACCCCCGCCUCAGCCCCAAGCCGAGCGCCAAGCCGGAGCAGACGUACUCGCAGAUUACCAUGUCGACCGAGAGAGGCACCAAGAGGGAGAAGAGGAGCGCCAACGUGGCGGCGCCCUGCACCAGCAGUGAGGCAGACUACUCGCUGCCCUUCGACACCAUCGCCAAGAACGUCAUGACCGACAUCCUGAACUCUCACCGUACAGACAGCGGCCAUGCGGGCGCCGACCCGCUGUACGACAGCAUUGACGAGAUGAAGAUCAGGAACGUCUUCACCAGCGACGGUGACACCGUCAAGACGUUGGACCACAUCUAUGACGAGCCCGAAGGCUGCGCUGCCGCCGCCGCCAAAGGACAGAAAUCCACCCUCUCCACCUCGGUGUACGACGACCCCGAGGAGAUGAGAGGAGAUGCCUGGAGGAUUAUGGGUACAGCUGCUGACCCCAAAGGUCACGAGUACCCGUAUAACCCCCGAGUCGAUGACUACGCCGUGCCCAAACAAGCCCAGAGGGCGUUUCCCAAAUCACAAAGCAGCAACGAAGAAGCAGAAGAAGAAGCAGAAGAAGAAGCGGACGAGGAGAGUGAGGAGCCUGGAUUAAGGGAGGAGCUUAGAGAGCAGCGCCAGGAUUCGCCGUACAACAACGUGAUGGUGAAAAUGGCGUAGAAGAGAACCGAGCACCGAAGUUAGUUUUAAAGAAUUAUUUAUAAGUUGUAACUUUGAGUUUGGUUGACUGAUGUCUCCUUAAGGCACUUUGUAAAGUUUAACUCUGAGCUCAGUGGCAGCGAGAGCUAACGGGCGCUGUCGGCGCCACCUGCUGGUUCUUACUCGCUUUCUUCAGUUUUAUUGCUUUUACCUUGAAUGUGGGCGCUGCUGUGAUGAUGUUACUGGAAACGUGUCGUACGUUCAUGUGUUGCAACACGUGCAGCUGUGUUACUGUGAGGACAAUAAAGUCAAACUGUAGCGUCCGUGUCAUGACUCAGACUUUCAUCCUGACUUCACACAUUUACACGCAACGCACAACUAAGUAAAAUGAUACAAAAUGAUACAAAACUGUGGCAUUUGGUAAAUAUAAUAAUGAACGUAAAUUCACUGUGUCAUUGAGUAACUUUAUUAGCAGCGUCCUCCUGAAAUGUGCCAACAACAUUGAGAGUAACGUCCUCCUCUCUGUCCCUUGAUGCCCUUUGGUUGCUAUGGUAACGCCUAAACAUUUCUUUCAAAAUAAAGGGAUGUCCAAAUUCAUGUGCUGCAUCCUCUUCUUUUUUUUUUUGAACAAUUGAACAACAAGUACACAUAAAAAGCCAGUUGUAGAAAGGCUAUAAUAAAUGUCACAGCUAUCUUCUCCAAGUCAGGUGUACAAAUACGAGCAGGAAAGCAAAAAAAGUAUACUUUAGGAGAAAACACACGAUUAAAAGAAGGAAGAGGUGCUCGAGAUAUAAAACAACAUAUAAAUCAAGUGAAACUGCACGCUCGACACAGCUCGUGUUUUACAUGCUUUGGAGUCAGUGCUGUUAUUUCGAUUCUCUAGAUAAUUGGAGAACAAGGCUUUAAAAACAAAGAUGUUUGGACGCUGCUGUGAAAAUUUAGUACAAUGAAUGUCAAAUUUGGCAGAAAUAAUCAGAAGAUUGAUAAUAUAUCUUUUUUGGAUUUAUUUUGUCGGUAUGUGAGAGGCCAAAGAGAAUAUGUUGAAACUUCAGGUUACACGAGGGAUCAAUUUUGGUGUUUAUAAAAUUAUUUAGAUCAAACCAGAGUACACGUGUAUGCGUGCAUUCCCAAAAUACCUGACAUAUUGUUUCCUCUGCAAACAGUACAAAGAGUAUCAAUAUUUUUCUUACAUUUAACCAGAUCUGUCUUUACCAGACAACCUCUCUGGAUACUGGAUAACUUCUCUGACCUUAGUAGUGAUGAUAAAUGUCCUUGAUAGAAUCCAAGUGUUUUUCAGUCUAUGUCAUUGUAAAUAUUUUCCCAGUAAAAUACAGCUGCAGGUCUGGAAACAACAUCUCUUUGAAUGAUUUGUCUAAUACAUUGAUUUGUAGCUUUAUCGCUCAAUAAAGGACAGAUGUUACCGAUGUACAUGCUAGCAGGAGUUAGUUAAUACAGUUUCUGCCUUUAGGAGCAGACACCAACAACCUUCCCACCUCACCUGGUAUCGCAUCAAAAACGACGGCAUGUUCUCUUGGAGUGACAGGAAAAUCAUAAACAGACAAAAAGUCCUUAUAAGAAAAUAAUUGACCAUUAGCGUUCAGUAACUGACUCACAACUAAAAUAUUUCUAUCAACCAUCUCUGAAUAUAUAAUGAUUUGUUCUUAAAUGUCAUAUCCUGAUUGUUCCAAACAAGAUAUUUAUGGGAGAAAAGUUGUGAGAGUGUAUGAUUAACCAAGAUGAGCAGAGCUGACUGUGAGAGUUUAAAUUAGAGAUAUUGU